UUUUUGUACCCACAAUUGAACCUACUCCCAUCUAAUUAUAAUUUUCACUUAAAAUAUGGCAGGUAAUAUUUUUCCUCUUCUCCCUCCUAAUCCCUAUUCUAGAGUUAGUAAAUUACUCUAUGGUCCUAAAUCCCACCAAAAAGAAUGUUCUCUUCAACGAAGAUGACAGUACUGGAGGAAAAUAAGGAUAUAUUAUCUGAUAAAACGAUUCUAAUUUCCCAAAAAUAGGCAGCAUCUCACUUUUAAAAAUCGCAGGGAUUCCUCAAAAAACUCGGGAAGGCAGAUUUCUUUCAAUAAAGUGAUUUCUCAGCUUAACCAAAAUACUAAAUCAAAGUCUCGGGAUACUAAGCACAACACAUUUAAAAACUUGCAGGCUAGCCUUAGGUUUUUCCAUUCAAGGAAAUUGAAGUUUCUUGGGGAAGCUAGAAACAUUAAUAAAUCAAUCCAGAGCUUAAAGAAUGCUUCUUUAGGAGUUUCUAAUCUCUCUCCAAAGAGCAAUACUCCGGUUAAGGAGUCAGAAGCUAUUGCUCAAAGUGAUGUGCCCUUGAAGCCGAUGCAGUUGGUUAUUACUCCUUUGAAAAAAAAAUCGAAAAUAAGUUGUACAGCAAUGGAUAUUCGCCCCCUGAUGGAUAAAAGAUUUUGAGAGGAAUCAAGAGGUGUCAAAGAAUAUGUGAAUAAAUUUAAGAAAAAUGAUGACAAGUUUUGAAAAAUUAGAAAGAAAUUUAAGAAACUCAUAGUUUAUAAAAAGAAGCUUAAUAGAGAUAAGGAUGAAAAUCUAGAUUAUGACUAUCCCACAAGAAAUGUCUCAAGAUUAGGAAGUAUCUCUAAAAACUCGACCAAUAAUCCUCAUGACGAUUGCGUUCAAAAGCAAGUAAACAUAUCCCAAUCAGGCAAGAACAAGAUAUCCAGGAACAAAUCUUUCAAGAGCAGCGUCAAAUUCUCCUCACUCUGAAAAUGUGCUUUAAUAACCAAGUAUCUUGCUUAACAAAAAUAGGAAUUUUAGUAAAAAUAGUAAAAUCAAGAAAAAUAA